AUGCAAACGGCUUUGGGGUCCGAGUCUUGCACAGCGACAGUCCUCACCCUGCCAGUGAGCGUGGCACUGCAAGCGGCACACCGGCUGCGAUCUGCAGCUUGCAUGCGCUCUCAGCGGCCCACAAGCCCUGCCCUGCGUGACACUGGGGUCCUGGGUCAGCCGCGGUGGGGUCACUGCGCUCUGGCAGAGCUCUGCUCUCUGGCCAGACUCUGCUCUCGGUGCGCAAGUUCACAGACAAACGAAUGGGUAACGACAGAAAAUGGUGUUGGAACAGUGGGGAUCAGCAAUUUUGCACAGGAAGCUUUGGGAGAUGUUUACUGUAGUCUUCCUGAAGUUGGGACAAAGGUGCACAAACAGGAUGAGUUUGGUGCUCUGGAAAGUGUGAAAGCUGCUAGUGAACUCUACUCUCCUUUAUCAGGAGAAGUCACAGAAAUGAAUGACGCACUUACAGAGCAUCCAGGGCUUGUGAACUAA